AUGAUAUUAUUUAUUACUGGUGGAGUAACAGCAGUUAAUAAUGUACAACUUGGGUUUCCUGCAUUACUUGGUGUUGCAAUAGGUAUAACUAUGUUUGGAACGAUUUUUUGUAUUAUUGCAGGUUGUACUCUACAACUUCGACGUGCAGAAACAAUGCGACAAGCAAUUGCAGAAGAAUCAAGAAAAUAUUCUUCUCGAUCACCAAUACCAUGUAGUUGGAGAUUAGAUAUUCCAACAAGUUAUGGUGGAUAUUAUGGAGGUCAACAUACACAUCAAGCCGUUAAUCAUUUAGUAAUAGAUAUUGGUCGUUCUAUUGCUCCUGGAAGUGUAGCGUAUUAUCCUAAUCAAGUUGCUUCGGAUCAGACAAUAGCUUUUGGUGAACAAAGUAACGAUGCACCCCCACCUUAUCCUGGACAAUCCGCAAGAUUUUGUUCUCAAUGUAGUACGCCACGACAAGCUCCCACAAGUCAAUUCUGUUCAUCAUGUGGGCAUUCAUUUAAUAAACAUUAA